CAUCAUCAACUUUCUUAAAAACCAUUCAUCCUCAACUUCAUUCCUCAACAUGUUCACUACUCAAAAUAAUAAUAAUAACAAUCUUAUCAAUGAUACUCAUCAUCAUCAUCAAAUCGAUCACACCAAUCAUCAUCAUCAAAUCAUCUCAAACUCAUAUCAUCAAGAUUUAAAUUCAUUCAUUCCUAAAUAUCAUCAUCAUCAUCAGUUUCACAAUCCAUCUUCAUUCAAUGCUCUCUCAAUUCAACAAUAUCCAACGCCUACUACCCACAUUCACAGCGAUCAUCAACCAUUCUUGAUUGAUUCGAAUCAUCUUUCAACUUCAAAACCUCCAAUCAAAACCAAUUCGUCAAAUCCUCCGAAUCGUAAACACUCUACUUUCAAUCAAUUGCUCAAUCAAAACAACCGAAAGUCAAACGUACUUCAUCGGAACAAGGCUUGUUUGAGUUGUAGAGCUCGAAAAACAAAAUGUGACGCUUUGAAGCCUUCAUGUACUUCUUGUAAAAGACUUGGACCUGAUCAAGAAUCACAAUGUAAAUAUGAUCGACCACCUAAAUGGCUCGAAUCUGUCGUCAAACCAACUUCUGAUGCACAAGAACGUAAAAAAGUGAUCGAAUUAGAACAGAAAUUAGAUUCACUUCAAAAGAAACUAUCUCAACUUCGUUUGGCAGCCAAGGAAGAAGAAGAAAAUCGAACCAAUGGCCAAUGGUCACAAACUCAUCAUGAUCAAUUCCUUACAUCUCAAUUUACCACUCCGAUCCCUUUAGGACAUUCUAUUCCAACUCCACCAAACACAACGGAGUCAUAUCCUCAAUUUCAAUCUACUAGCUCGAUCGAAUUCCCUUCCCAAGGCUUCAUUGGUAGUUCUGAUGCUCAUUUUCCAGUGACACUCGGUUCUGAAAUAUACGAUUUGAAUGAAAUGAGUACUCCAUUACUAGUCAACCAUACUCCCGAUCAGUACCUCGGCUCCGUUCCACUUGAGCUAGCUCUCGCCUACUCACAAUUCCCGACUUCACAGAAUCCCAUGAACCAUCAAUACCCAAUCUCAUGGCCUUCGCUGACAUCCUCACCCUGUUCGUCUUAUUCCAACGAUCCUGUCGGCUCUCCACCACCACUUCCUAUUCAACAGCCCACAGAGUUACUAGAACAAAGCUGGCCACAACAUCUACCCUAUCGUCGGAUCCUAAAACUUCUUCUUCGAACUGUCUUCUCCCGACCCCUCUCCCCGUUCUCAUUGAUCAAUCCAGGAUCGGUCCUAAGCCGAUUAGAUUUAUCAGCCCACAACUCAAGAUUCCCUGAAAUCGGUCUCUUACAUGCACUUUCAGCUCUAGGAUCUCAUUACCUUCUUUCAUAUCAUCCAGAUGAAUUUAGUAAUAUACAUCCCUAUUGGUAUCCAACCGAAACACCAGCCCAAUAUCAUGCAGAAUGGGCAGGUCGAUUACUUUCGAUACGAUUAUCUGAAAUCAAAGAUCCAGAUCGAUUGUUAGAAUUAUCAGAAGCGAGUAUGAUGUUAAGUCAAUACUUUAGUAAUCUAGGAAGACCUUUAUUGAUUUGGAAAUGGUUAGGGUUUUCGAUUAGGAUCUGUUGUUUACUUGGGAUUAAUGAAGAAGAAGAUCAAGAACCCGAUCUUGAUUCUGGGAUUGCUUUACUUUGGGAUGAUGGGAUUAAAGGAUUAAGUGAUCAUGAUCCAAAUCAAAGGAAAUUGAUGUGGUGGUAUCUGUAUUGCUGUGAAAGAGUUUGCGCUGGAGCUGGUGGAUUUGCUAAGACGAUUAGAGAAGAUGAUUGUACAUUAAGUUUGAUGGGCUCUCAACCACAAUUCUUGAGAUACGAUCGAUUCUUUAUUGAUCAUCAAACCGAUGGAAACGGUGCUGUACUUCAACUAUUAAUCAAAGGUUGGUUUCUUUUUUUCCGGAUUGAAAGGCAAAGGCUGAAUAAGUUAAUCGGAGAUUUUUUCGAAUCGAUUCCAGCUCCAUUCAGAGACCCAUUUCAACCGAAACUGAACAUAUGUCAACUGAUGGGAAUACAAUACCUCUCAGUUUUAACAGCGCAUGCAACAGCUCAUUCAUCAAUCAUUGAAUUAAAUGAAGAAUUUGUAAAAUCGAUUGAUCUAAAUGAUUUGAGUUUACAGAUCUGUAGUCGAUCUGCGAGGGUUUUAAUUGAUUGGUUCAAUAAACUUGAUUUAGAUUUUCCAUCAGUUGAUUUCGGUAGUUUAUUAUCUUCUAAUUCUUCACUGAAUUUUACUCUUACUGUUGCUUUGAGAACUCAGUGUAGGUUGAUUGGGUUUUAUGAAGCUUUAGGAGAGAUUGGGUUAAGUGGUACAUUAAGAGAUGAAGUUAAAAGGAUCUUAGUAAGACUUCAAGGAUCUCGUUCAUUACCUAUGGCAGGUAAAUCAUUGGAAUUCAUUAAAGAAUUGUUGAAUGAUCCAACUGGUUUGUUUCCAAGAAGAAGUGAUACUCAUACAGUUAGGUUUACAUUAGUUAAAGCUUUAUGAAAAUCGAUUGGUGAGGUUAAGUUUUGUGCUCUCUAUUUGGGGGGGAGUGGGGGGAAGGAGCAAGGUUGGUUUGUAUUUUUGCAAAGUUGAUGUAUUUGAAAAUAAAAGUAAAGGGUUUGAACAGACAGAAGUAUGGUGUGAUGAUUAUAGAGGUUAUUGCAAUGUUUUAUUGUUGGAUUAUUAUUUUUGAUAGUUUGAAUUAGAAAAAAAUGUUUUUUUUUUGAAUAUUUUUUGUUUCGUUCAAAAUUGAUUUAUCAAGUUUUUUGUUAUUUGUUUGUUGUUUGUUGUUGUUAAAGGACUCUCUUUUAAAUUUAUAGUUUUUUUAUAUGAUUUUGGGACAUUCUUUUGUUGAUUUGGUAUUACAAGAUUACUGUUUUUGGGUUUGUUUUGUAAAGGUGUUUUUUUCACCUGGUUGAUACAUGUU